GGCGCGCGGCCCGGCCCCGCCCCGCGCCGCCUGCGCGUGCGCGGCGCUUCCCGCCAAAACCGGCGAGAGGGGAGCGGGGCCCAGGGUCCACGCCCAGCAUGAGCGGGACGGUGCUGGCCGGGACCCCCAUCGCCGUGGACUUCUGGAGCCUGCGGAAGGCGGCCGGCGCUCGCUUCUUCUUCCUGUCCCAUAUGCACUCGGACCACACGGUGGGGCUGUCCAGUACCUGGAGCCGCCCGCUGUACUGCUCCCCGCUCACCGCCCGCCUCCUGCAUCACCGCCUGCAGGUGCCGAAGUGCUGGAUCCGGCCGCUGGAGGUGGGGCAGAGUCAUGUCGUGGGUGAGGUGACGGUGACGCUGAUCGACUCCAAUCACUGCCCUGGCUCCGUUAUGUUCCUCUUUGAGGGCACUUUUGGCACCAUCCUCUACACAGGAGAUUUCCGCUACACGAGUGCCAUGCAGGGCGAGCCGGCGCUGAGGGGCCGCCACAUCGACCGCCUGUACCUGGACAACACCCACUGCCACCCCCAGCGGGCCCUGCCCUCGCGGGCGCUGGCCACCCGCCAGGCCGCCCACCUCAUCCGUGCCCACCCGCAGCACCACGUGGUCAUCGGUGUGUACACCCUGGGCAAGGAGACGCUGCUGGUGGAGCUGGCGCUGGAGUUCAGCACGUGGGUGGUGGUGAGCCCCUGGCGCCUGGAGCAGAUGCGGCUGCUGGAGCUGCCGGAUGUGUUCACCGCCGAGGAGGGCACGGGCUGGAUCCGCGCCGUGGAUGUCGCCGAGAUCUGCUGGGACGCGCUGGUCACCUGGAACGCGCAGCACCCCACCAUUGCCAUCAUCCCCACGGGCAGGCCCGUGAAGGUCACCCACCCCAACAUCCACCUCAUCCCCUACUCAGAUCACUCGUCCUUCGAGGAGCUGCGUGAGUUUGUGAAGUGGCUGAAACCCUGCUCCAUCAUUCCCAUUGUGAAGGACAACAUGUGCCAGGUUUACUUUCAGGAAUACCUGAGCUCUGCUCCCCAGGUACUUCCUGACUUCACAGUCUCAAAACCUGUGCAAGAGUCUGGACAGCAGCAAAGCCGAAGGAAGGGGCAGAAACCCACAAGUCUCUGGAAAAGAGCCCUGGGGAGUUCUGUGCCCCGAGGGGUCAUUUAUGACUCUCCAGAGAAAAAUACUGAGAAACCUGAAGCGUUUACAGAUGGUAAGGUUCCUCAGCAGUACUGUGAGCCAGCUCUCUGCUCAAAAGAACACCACACUUCUCACAGGGGUGAGAAGGAAGAGCUGAAUGGGGAACAGCUGGGAACAGCAGGAGCUGCACCUGUUUCCAGUGAGCACCUCGCAACUGGACUUGCAGAGCAGUAUUUACUCACUCCCUUACACGUCCUGAAGCAGUUUUCCUCACAGAAGUUUGAUCAGCUGGCAGAAGACUUUCUACGGAAGAAAGACAUGCCCUGAAAAAUUGUGUGAUGUUGCUGGUGCUAGUGCCACAGGUAGCAGUGUUUCAUUCUGCUCCAUGCUCAGGUUUUCCAUUAGGAGAGAGGAGCUCAGCUCUAGGGCUCUACUUUCUUUACCUCUAUGUAGAGGACAAAGAGGAAACUAGAGCCAGUUUGUAGAUGGAACUUCUUAAAAACUUUUUUUUUCCCCCUCUAUAUCUGCUCUGUCCCCACACUCCGCUGGGCACUGUGGUCCCACUGUCUGUGUGCCUUGUGUCCACCUUCUGCAGUGACUUGCCUGUCCCCUGUUAGAAAAGUCACUGAGAGGUUGAUUCAAGCAGACCUGCAGAGGGUGUGAGCUGUCUGCAGCUGAGUAAUUAAUGGCUGGAAUGUGAUUAAAGGAGCAAGGGGGGGAAUCUGAGAGCCUCAAAGAUUCUCCUUUCUGUAAGUCUCUGAUACCUCACUGAUUUUGAGCAGUUCAUUCAAAAGAGUAUUACAGAUGUUCUUUAUUAAGGUGCUUUUUAAAAAUGCUGCUAAAAGAAAUCUAGAAAAGGAAGUGCCUUGAAAUCCAAUCAUCUAUUUUCUAUCUGUUAAUCUACUAAUACUUCCAGCUUUUGCAUCCAGCCAGCCAUCUGCAGCUGGAUGUUGUCCUGCUCUCCUGAAAGUGCCAUCUCAAUGCUAAUUGGUAGUGCUUUUUCAGGUUUGUGGCUAGGAAAAGUAGGAAUUGUCUGGGUUCUUGAGUUGUAGGCUUUGCACAGUGGGUCACUAAAUUCUCUGUGGUCUCUUGCACCUCUGAAUUCUGUUUGAUUGCAAAGCACUCCUGGUAACUGCCAGUGUUCUGCCUUCCCAUUCUGCCUGCUCUUGUCCUGCAGUGGCAAAUGGAAUGGGAGAUAAUGAAACAUCUGCCUGGUGGUGUGAAGUGAUUAGUCUGAGCAGCAUUGUGUGCAAAGAUUGUGACUGAACAGCAGAACUAGCUCUGUUAGUUGGAGGCUGGGCACUUUCCCACUCUGGAUCAGCUGCAGAGCCCUGGCCUGGCACAGCUGGGAAGUGUCUGUAGUGUGACAAACCUUUGGGUUCCCACUGCAGCUGACUGGCAGUGCUGUUGGGCACAAUGUUUCAGAUUGGCCCCUCAUAGGGUGAGGGCAGCUGGAGUGAAAAUGGUCACUGGACACUGUGCUGGAACAGCAAACCAGUUUGUUCCUCAGCUCUCUUGAUCCUCCUUUCGGUACUGUCGAGGCAAAAUGCUUCAGAAUUUCCUGAACAUAGUGUCCUACAGGGCCUUUCUAAGUGGCAGUUAGAUGGGCUGAAUUCCCUGAAUUGAGACAGAAAAGGAAGUUUGCUCUUGGAGGAGAGCCAGGCCUUGUGAAAAGCAGAGGAGCCCCUGGAUGCAGCAGUCACAAACAGGGCUGUCCAGAACAGUCAGUGUUGACAGCCAGAGUGGGGAUGUUUGGAAAGCUGUUUGUUUGGCAAACGUGACUCCUGACUGCCAACCCUGUGCUUUCCCAGGCAGGGCAAUGUUUAUCCCUGUUACAUAAGGAGUGCCUGUCCCUGGAACUGCCUGCAGCUGCCAUGGGGACAUUGGAAGUGACAGAACAGUGUCCUGUAAACUGCACACAGGACAGCAAGGGCAGCUUGAGCCUCCUGCUGUGGGCCCUGUGUCCUGCUGCUUGGAGCUUUCUGUGUGGAUUAUUUCCUAAUCAAACUCAACUGCAGAGCUCUGUCAGGUGGGUGUGAGUGGAGACACCUGCACGUUUUGUAACAUGGAAAUGACAGUGCUGUGCUUGUAGUGUGCUGGCUGCUGCUGCUGCCUGGGAGAUGCAGGCUGUUAUUUAAAUAUUAUUGAAAUUCAAGUGACUCAUUUGACAGGCAGGAGAGUGAAGCACUGCCAGAACUCCCAAAUUCCAGGUCCUGCUUUGAGCAGCUUCUGCACUGCUGGGGAGGAAUGCUCACCUUCUGAGUCACUGCUCCACUUGGGCAUGUUGCAAAUGACCUGGGAGAUCUGAUGUUUUGUGGCAUCCAGCCUUUCCUCUUUUAUUCUUAUCAUCUAUUUAUUAAAGUCAAUGAGGUGGAGAACGUCCUGGUCAGCCUCUGGGCAAAAAGGAGUUGUAAAUGGUAAUUCUUUACAGGGGUAAAUCUGAGCUUUAAUCAUGCACAAACAAGUGAACAUUGCAGACCUCAGAGUCUGGGGAUCUGCAUCCCAUUUCUUUGUCCUCAGUUAAAGCAGCAGAAUAAAAUGCUGGCUUCAGUUUCUAAAACUGAAAAGGUGAGGAGGGAAUUAUCCAUCAUGAUGAACCAAGGAAACCUAAAAUCUCUGUGGCUUUAAAAAGCAAUAGAAGCAGGAGAGACUUGACCAACAGCUUGUUGGAGAUCUUUGCCUCAGCACAGCAGGUGCACAAGACAUUUUUGUGCCAAACAUUUCUUCCCUGUUAGGUGUUUAAAUACUACUUUUGGUUGCUGUCCUAAAACGCUGGAAGAUAAAAUGUGGCCUUGUGGGGAAAAUUGGAAUUGCUGACUGUUGGGGCUUCUGGGCAUCCUUCAGCUUCCCCUGAAGAUGGGUUUAGUGAUGGACCUGGCAAUGCUGGGUUAAUGGUUGGAAUCUGAGAUCUUAAAUGAAUUUUCUAACCUAAAAGAUUUCAUGAAGUCUCCUGGCAGUAAAUAUUUGGCCUUGUUGUCCCUCACACUUGUCUCCACAGUUUCCCUGUUUUCCUGGCUCCCAGGGGAGCAGCUGGAGUGUCAUGGAGAGCAGGCUCUGAGCCUGCUGCUCCCAGCUCACCUGCACUGCUGCCCACAGGUGUGUUUUGUUGAAAGCAGUGACAAGGAGAAGCUGCAGCCCAGCAGCUGAGUGGGUCUGAGGGCUGCAUGCUUGGAACCUUCAGUUAUCCUGGCAGGAACAGAACGUGCUCUGAGCAAAGUCCUCCCAAAUUUAUACACAGAGAGCAUGCUCCAGCUGCUUAUCUCUGCUCCACAGUUGGGAACCAAGCCCCAAUGGGGGAAAACAGCUCAGCCAAGGCCUUGCAGAGGAACAAGGAACGAGCUGAGUUCCCUUUGGCAAGUUUUCAGUGCUGUUUUCCAAGCUGUGAUCAAAUGCUGGCAUGGUGUGAGGGCAGGUUCUGGAGCAGAGCUGCCUGGGGAGGGUCAAUCACUGCACUGUGAAUAGCUCAGUUGGCUCUAACUUCUCAAAACAGUAGGAAAGCAGAAGGAGUGCCCUGUUGAUGCUGUGGAGAGGGGAAAAUUGCUCUCUAGGUUGUUGUUGAGAGGCUGAGGUGAAACUUGCUUUGCUCCUGUGCUCCACAGAGACAAGUGUGUAAUGUCACCUGGCAGGGAACACCCCAGAGCGCUGCUGGGUUGGGUCUCUGACUCUGCUUCCCCAAUUACAAGGCCAAAGCACUUCCAACAACUUCUCCCUUCCUUGCUGCUCUCUGUUCCUGCAGCACAGGGGCUUCUUUCCUAGAUUAAAAAAAUUGCAAUGGUGAAAGCUUCCCUUCCCCAGAAAAUGAAUGAGUUUACAUAAUUACCUUUAUGGUGUGUUGUCACUGUGGACUUCCUCCAAAACCUAAAAUCUUUGUGCUUUUUUUAUGGAGUCCUCUGAAAAGGUACUAGAACAUGUUGAAAAGGUUGAAUCACUUUAUAAUCGUGUGAGGUGAGCUCCUGUGGAUGUUGUGUGUGUGUUUGUGAUUCCUUCUGCUGAAUUUGGGAUGUUUUGCCACAGCCACUGCAGUGCUGAAGUUUUUCUGGCUGUGGCUUUGCCCUUGGCCAAACCCCAGCCUGAGGCACAGGCAGCCACGGGUUGUGCAAUAAAACCUUUGGGACAGACCUUGACCAGGAGCCUCUUGGCUCUGGCUCGGGGAGGCUGGGACUUCCUGAGCAGAUCUGGGGAAGGUGAGGAUCGUGUUCCAUGUGAGCCUGCAGAGAAUCGUGCCCAGAGGACUGAGUCCUCCCUGCAGGACUGCCACCUCCCUGGCUCAGGGUACAGAGCUCCUGGACAGUGUUUGGCUGGAGGGGUUCACACUUGUGCUGCUGUUCAUGUAAACAGGAAGCUGUGAGAGUUUCUGAGGUCUUCAUAGAAUCACGGAAUGGGUUAGGUUGGAAGGAACCUUAAAGGUCAUCAAGUUCCAAACCCUGCUGUGGGCAGGGUUAACUUCCACUACACCAAGUUUCUCCAAGCUCUGCCCAGCCUGGCCUCGGACACUUCCAGGAAUGGGGCAGCCGUGGCCUCUCUGUGAAUCUGUGCCAAGGCCUUACCACCCUCUGAAUAAAGAUUUUUUUUCCCCAAUAUCUAAUAUAAACCUACUCUCAGUCUGAAUUUUGGUAAGACUAUUUGUAAUUUUUAUUUUUAAAUGUCAACUUUUGCAAGAAAGCAAAUAAACGUUUGUGUUACACUGA